AUGGAGAGGAAGCAUACACCUUUUACUACAGUGACACCUCAACAGAGCAGUAGUAUCUCUGUGGGCAAAGAUUCUGGGAGAACUCCAAACAAUUCCAGUGUACAGUUCCCUGCAAACCUUCCUGGACAUCCACCUGGAAAACCUUCACGGUUAAAAACAGCAAAGGACACCAGAAAAGCUAAAGGUGACUGUUUAUCAUCAUCGAGCUCUGGCACUCAGUACUACAAGAAAGAAAGACAUAAAGACACGUAUGUGAGGAUCACUAAGGAUGAAUACUUUGGAAAGUCGGAGUCCAUAUCGGGAUCGUCUUCAACUUUACACUGUGUCCACGGACCUGAAGGAAAACUGUAUUCGGAGAAAGGACUCUUAAAGAGAAACCUUACUAAGGUGUUGGACCCGAUACCAUUAGAUCCAGCCUGGAAUGAUAAGUGUCCCCCAGCCUAUGGAUGGGAUAUUGCUCAGAAAUUGGAGUUUUUGGUCACAGACAUCAUCGGAAUGAGCCAGCAUGAUCGGAUCGAGGGACUCCUCAGAGAUUUUGCGAUAAUGUCAAGGAAUGGAUAUAAAAUUCACGUUUUGGAUAGCGUCUGCGUGAUAUUAAAUUAUUUGGUGGAGAAUUUAAACAAGAAACCAAAAUGGAAAGAAUACCUUUCUACACUAUUGUUGAACAUGGAAAAGCCUAUAUUGCUGAACGCUUCAUCAGAUGUCGUGACACACUUCAGAAAAAUCAGCUCGUACAUCGGUUUUAUGGGAUAUCUAUUGAUGAGGAUGGAAGACGGUGAUCUGUUUAUCCUGGUCAGUAAGGCUAUGAUGUGGCAACUAUCGGCACCUGACCAAUGUCGAGGACCUGGCGUGGCCCGCCUUCGAGUUGUGCUGGCGGCUGCAGGACCUGUGCUCAUUCACACCGCUGUCAGAAUGUUGGCAGUCACUGAUGCUCACAGGUUCCCUACUUUCUUGGAGAUAGCUCUGCUGUUAGCCAGUGACAGUGCUGAUAAUUGUAUAAAAAUGAUGAAAGAAAAUAUAAUAGAGCAUGUAUUUUACCGUUUCAAUCCAUACUUUCCUGAAGGGAAAUUGCCGCCAUUCGAUGAAAACCCUGCCAACCUUCAAGAUUGGAAUGUUAAAUUAGGCGAAAGUAGUCUUCACAUGACAACAACUCUUUCUCUACUCCUUGUCCUUCUAAAAACUACGAAAGACAACUUAGAACUUAAUCCCACACUUCGGACGGUUUUGCCAUGUCCUGAUGCUUAUAGCCAGAGAUGUUUCAUGUGGGCGUAUCGGUAUGAAUGUCGUGCGCGUGAGCACCAACACGAAAGAACUACGUUAACUGUGAUCAUUGGCGUCCUAUUACACUGCUUUCGAGAUCGGCUUGCAGUCUUCUCAUCACUCAUGCCUGAACUGAUGUCCUUAUCAGUCUUGACGGAACUCCCGAAAAGAAACGACUGGAUAGGAACGGUCAACAUGAACACUGGUCAACUAGACGUCCACUUCAAGAGUAUUCUUAUAGAAAUCUGUGUAGAUUUCAUUAAACAUUUCCCUGCUAACAAGUUCAUGGUAGAGUCCCGUUACUGGUUACUUGGAUUAAUGUACUUGGUGGACCCGGGUCUGUGCCACCUGCGAGCACGCUGGUCUCCUGCACUGUUCGCGGAGUUGAGGAAGACGGCACUUAAAGCUUUAGUGUGUGUCUUACCGCUGAUGCCUCCGCGCUUGGCCGUGGAAUAUGGACUCACCAGGAGGAUAAUGUGGUAUAUAGAGUGGUAUUCUGAGAACCCAUAUGAAUUGCCGAUUCUUUACUGGUGCUUGAGGCUCUUACAAGUCAUAGUAGAGAACAGGGGCCAUUGCAAGAAACGUUUCAGCCUCAUAGACCUCUUCGACACCCACGGGAUUAUUAUUAUCAUACAUCUCAGCUACACAUUGUUGAAAAAGAAGAUACCACCAGUGGAAAAGGCCCAGGCAGUGAUAGCACUGAACCUGCAGCUCUUGACGGAUGCUCUGGAUGUGAACCGCCAGCUGUCCUGCUGCGUAUACCCUGAUAUCAAGUGGCCGUCAUCCAUCAACGCACUGACUAGAAAAAUGAUAGACACAGUUUUAUUAUCGCUCGAGAAGCACUAUAUAAUUAGCGAUAGAAUGUUGGUUUCUUUAAUGAACUUUAUUUGGGAAGCAGUCAUAUGGAAUCCUGAACAUCGGACUAUAUUUAUAGCGAAUAGCGGCAUCUAUCACCUCUUAGAUAUAAUCACUAUGACUCGAGCGCCAGUGCAGUGUAUUGCGUUGGCAAUAUUGUGCGACGUGGCCCGUGCUGGAAAUGCUGUCGGGCAGCUGGUAACCUGGCGGGCCAGCGUCAGUGCAUCGCAAGCCCACCCAAAUAUAGUUAAGCGAGGUGCAACGAUCACAUCUCUAUUGGCUGCUAUUUUCAGAGACGAAUGCCAUAGAACUGGAGUGUGUAUCAAUGAGUAUGGAAUAAUAGAAAAUUUGGACUGUCCAAUAAUGUCUGCGGAGGUUAGGAAAACGAUUUAUGAUAAAAGCUUCCUAUUAAACAGAGAUCAACGAACUCCUGUAUGUCCGAGUGCGGGUGAUUUAGCUGGUUCACGAUUGUCAAAAGUUUUCGCUAUCUUACACCUAUUGUCUGAUGAUUUGGAUUAUGCAGUGACGCUAGCAGACGAAGCCUACAAUAUGUAUAAGAAUAUCAAACUUGCACCGGAAGAUUUGGCAGUCUUGGUACUCUGUUCUCAUUAUAUGACGCUGAAGCUAAAUGAGGUGUGGGUUGAAACAAAAAUUCAAUCGCCCUGUUUACUGCCGCAAGACCAGGACGUUUUGGAAGAGUUCCUUAACAUUGGCGUCGGUUGGGCAAAGGAAAUAAAACGACAGCAAGAAGAAGUAAUAGAAAAAGAUAUUUAUAAGGAAAACGAAGAGGAAAUGUCGUUGUACGCUUUUUUGGCUCGUGUACGCCUGAACAUAGCACUGCAGGCAUUGCGCGAGGUUCGAUGCGCGGCGCGCUCCGCAGACCGUGCACGCAUUACUACCGGCAUGAUCCAUGAUGCGGUGCUUGCGCAUCACCGCCGCUACCUCCACGCCAAGAAGAUAGACUCACCAGUGUUACAGACGUACGGACCUACUUUGGACGACCAGAACAUCACGGGCCAGAAUGUUAAAGUGUACAGUAUAUUUCCUAAAAACAAGCCAAAACAAAAAGAUUACGUGUUACCAUCAUAG